AUGGCUUGGCAGACUCAAGACGAUUGCUUCACUCUAGAUACAACAAGUUUACUGGAAUUUAUUAGUGCCAAUGAAAUUACUAAACGAUCCCUCUUGCAAGCCAUCGGAAAAAUAUUUGACCCACUUGGGUUACUUACGCCCUUUACUAUUAGAGUCAAGUGUCUCAUCCAAGAACUUUGUGAAAAAAAAAUCACGUGGGAUGAAAUUUUACCCCCCAAAAUUGUAGAAAGAUGGUUGGAGUGGUGUAAAGAGUUACCACUGUUGGAUGAACUAAAAGUACCAAGAUUAGUUCUUGAUUCUACAACUGAAGAGAAAAACGACACUAUAGAAAUUCACAUAUUUUGUGACGCUUCAAAACUUGCCUAUGGUGCUUCAGUUUAUAUGAAAUUAAAGAAGCAAGACAAAGUGUUUGUUAACCUCAUCACUUCAAAAGCUAGAGUGGCUCCACUGAAAAGUGUUACAUUGCCUCGACUUGAGCUCCUGGGAGCAUUGGUAGCAUCUCGUCUGAGUUCCAAAGUUCAAGGAAUCAUCAGCCAGAAAAAAGAAUUGCCUGUGUUCCACUGGACAGAUUCUAAAAUAUUUCUAUAUUGGAUAAAAGGCUCGCAUAGAAAGUGGAAACAAUUUGUAAAAAAUAGAGUUCAGGAUAUCACGGAGUUGACAAAUCCUAAUACUUGGUUUCACUGUCCAGGAAAGGACAACCCUUCAGACUUCUUGUCUAGAGGACUCAGUGCUAAAUCUCUCAUAUGUGAAAAUAAGUGGUGGAAUGGUCUAUCAUUUCUACUAUCUGAUGAACUUCCUGAAACUAUUUGUGAGUGUCCAGAGCCAGAUGAAAAGGAGUACUUACCUGAACUUAAAUCUGAGAACUCAAAUAUUGUUUUGACUUUAAACUCUAACAGAACCUUUUUUUGA